UUUUAUCAACAUGAAACUUUCCAUCCCAUUAACCAUUGUUGCCAUAAUUUGUAUUAUAGCACUUGAACAAAUUGAAGCAAUAGCAUUUAAUGCUACCAUCGGUAUAUUUGUGUUUUUUUCGCAAUGUAAAGUUUGGGCUACAGAUAGUUAUGGUAAUAUCGUAAUGGAUACCGGAUGGUUGAAUUGCGAAGAUGGAGAUCCAAGUGUAACAUUUCAUUCUCGAGAUAUAAAAGCUAAUCCAUACUGGCUUCACGCAAAGGUUAUGGGCAGCAAGAGAAAACCAAAACAUAGAGGACCAUUUAGCUUAGAUACCUGUUUUAAAUUAACUGGUAAUGUUUUUAAGUGGUCUUUUGAUCAACAAGACUUGACAUAUUGCACUUAA